CCGGUGUUGUUCCCGGAGCGUUCCCGCUGCAGGCCUGGCCUCUGCGUCGUCGGUCGCCGUGGCGGCCUAAAGCGUUUAGCCCGGAGCCGCGGCAAUACCGAGAAUUUCAAUCCCGCACUCCCCAAGCCGUGAAGGUGGGCGCCCAGAUACGGGGAUUUCAGGUUUGAUGUAGGGAAUAUCCCACUGUAAAACUACAAGGCUUGCCUCCCAUCCCCACCCAAGCGGGUGGGAGGAUCCUCGCCGCAAGAAAACAGGUUGGUCUGGAGGCCGGGGAGCAGGAGAAGGGGUAGUGUCGAAACGAAGAAUCUCUACGGACCGAAAAUUCCAAUAUACAAAGUUCUCCAAGCGCUCUCCAAAAGUUCCUGGGGCCUCAGCCACCCAGCUCCCUGCUCCGCCCCCACCCCACCCCACCCCAGCUUUGGGCGCCCGUAGGCUCCACUGUCCUGACGUCGCUCCCCAGAUCCCCGGGGAGUCCACCCUGCGGCGCCCACACCCGCGCCGGGAAUCCGCCAUUUCUAAUGAGAGAUUCGCACCCUGACAGCCGUGCGGCGUUAACGUGGUUAAUUUCAAGGUUUGGUCCUCUGGAGUAGGGGGCUGCUUCGCCUCCCUGGGCAGUGAGAUGGUCCUUGAAGACUGGACUAGAACGCACCCCGCCCGUGCACUCGGUAAGCUCCCACCCUCCGCCUCUGAGAGUAUCCCGGAGUCAAGAGGUGCGAGCUGGAAAGGGGGCCCGGGCAGAGUAAAACCUCAGCGCCUGCCUGAGACCUGGUCUGGACCCGACCCAGGCCCCGCGCGCUGGAGCCGACGGAAAGGUACCGAGAGGCGGGAAGCUGGAGGGGCGAGCUGACCCUGUUCUAACCCCGUCCCCGCGCCUCUCGCUCCCCCUCCCGCCGCAGGCCAGAGGGGGCGGGAAGGGACUCCGAGAGUCCCUUCCCGCCCCGCCCGGCCCCGCCCUGCGCGCAGUAUCCGCGGGGGUGGGCGGCCUAGCCUGCAGGCCGCCCAAGCGAUUGGAGACUCGCGAAGGAGACGCAAGGAAAAGUCGAAUAAGAGGGCGCAACGUCAGACCCGAGAUUUGGGGAAGGGCGAGGGAGGGGGGAAGGGCGGAGACGGACACACGGACACAGAUACAGACACGCACACCCCGCACGGCAGGCGCCCAAAGUGUCCGCAACUUUAGGCUGCCUUAGCUCAGGGCGCAGAGGCAAGGGAUAGGGGUGCGGGGCGUGUAGUAUGAGUAUAGAGAAAUAGAUUUUCAAAAGAAGAAAUGGAGUGAAGAGAAGAGAAAGGGGAGAAAAGGGAAUAGUAAGAAUAGGAAAGAGAAGGAGAAGGAAGAGUUUUGUAGUGUCCAGGAGCGUGAAAGAGCCCGAAGGAGCGGAAGCGGUCCUGGGGGAAAGAGGAGCGCUGAGAGGGAGGGGAGGGGAGAGGAAGGGCGAGGAGGGGGAGUGAAAACUAGAGGAGGGCGAAGGAAGCUCGGAGCGACACUGCUCAGGGAGAGGAGGGCAGUGAGGAGCGUGGCGCGGGCAGAGGCUGCUCCGGCUGCCGAGAGGAGGGAGCGCGGCGCAGAGAGGAGGGGCUUGCGGGCCCGUAGAAAUGUCAAUCAGAGCCCGGAGCCCGGGGAAUCUCCGCCAAUCUGUUCGGACCUGACCUGGCUCCUCGCCGCCGCCGCCGCCGCCGCCGCCGCCGCCGCCGAGCAGAUCAAUAGGCGAACGCGGAGUGCAGCGCAGCGCGGGAGGCAGCGCGGCCCCAGCCCGGCUCAGCCCCUGAUGAGCGCCGGAGCCCGCGGGCGGCGCUGAGCUGGGCGGCCCGGGGGGCCUGGCCCCCUCUCCGUCCGUGCCCCGCGGGCCACCAUGUCCUUCCCCCAGCUCGGAUACCAGUACAUCCGCCCGAUCUACCCGCCCGAGCGCCCCGGGGCCGCCGCCGGCGGCGGGAGCGCCGGGGCCCGGGGCGUCCCGGGAGCCGGAACCUCAGAGCUGGCCGCCUCGGGGUCCCUGUCCAACGUGCUCUCGUCCGUGUACGGGGCGCCCUACGCCGCGGCGGCCGCGGCAGCCGCCGCUGCCCAAGGCUACGGCGCCUUCCUGCCCUACGCGGCGGAGCUGCCCAUCUUCCCGCAGCUGGGCACGCAGUAUGAGCUGAAGGACAGUCCGGGGGUGCAGCAUCCGGCUGCGGCCGCCGGGUUUCCGCACCCGCACCCCGCCUUCUACCCAUACGGCCAGUACCAGUUCGGGGACCCGUCCCGUCCCAAGAACGCGACCCGGGAGAGCACUAGCACGCUCAAGGCCUGGCUGAACGAGCACCGCAAGAACCCCUACCCCACCAAGGGCGAGAAGAUCAUGCUGGCCAUCAUCACCAAGAUGACCCUCACCCAGGUGUCCACCUGGUUCGCCAACGCGCGCCGGCGCCUCAAGAAGGAGAACAAGAUGACAUGGGCGCCCCGCAGCCGCACCGACGAGGAGGGCAACGCUUACGGGAGCGAGCGCGAGGAGGAGGACGAAGAGGAAGAUGAAGAAGACAGCAAACGCGAACUGGAGCUGGAGGAGGAGGAGCUCGGGGGGGAGGAGGAGGACACUGGGGGUGAGGGCCUGGUGGACGACGAUGAAGACGAGGAGAUCGAUUUGGAGAACUUAGACGGUACGGCCGCAGGGCCUGAGCUGGCCCUGACUGGGGCAGCGCACAGGGACGGCGACCUCGGCCUGGAAUCCAUUUCAGACUCCAAGAAUAGCGACUCAGAUGACAGUUCCGAGGGCUUGGAGGAGCGUCCACUGCCCGUCCUGAGUCUGGCCCCAGUGCCACCGCCGGUGGCCGCGGCUCUGCCAUCUCCGCCUUCGCCCUCAGCGGGCCUGGACCCCUGCGCUGCUGCACCAGCGCCCGCCUCGGCCUUGCAGAAACCCAAGAUCUGGUCCCUGGCCGAGACGGCCACAAGCCCGGACAAUCCGCGCCGCUCGCCUCCAGGCGCGGGGGGUUCUCCCCCCGGGGCAGCCGUCGCGCCCCCAGCCCUGCAGCUCUCUCCCGCCGCCGCCGCAGCCGCAGCUCACAGACUCGUCUCAGCGCCGCUGGGCAAGUUCCCCGCUUGGACCAACAGGCCGUUCCCCGGCCCGCCGCCCGGCCCACGCCCGCACCCGCUCUCCCUACUCGGCUCGGCCCCUCCACACCUGCUGGGACUUCCCGGAGCCGCGGGCCACCCGGCUGCCGCAGCCGCCGCCUUCGCUCGGCCGGCGGAGCCCGAGGGCGGAACAGAUCGCUGUAGUGCCUUGGAAGUGGAGAAAAAGUUACUCAAGACAGCUUUCCAACCCGUGCCCAGGCGGCCUCAGAACCACCUGGACGCUGCUCUGGUCUUAUCGGCUCUCUCCUCAUCUUAAUUCUUUUUUUAAAAAAAAUUUAAAUUGUUGUAAUAAUUGUAAAAAAAAUCGCUCUGUAUAGUUACGACUUGUAAGCAUGUCGUGUAUGAAUACCUAAAAAGAAAACUCAACAGAAAAAGAAAGAAAAGAAAACAAGUCCCCCGCAGCCCUCCCCCAGUGGCUUCUGUACCCAACAGUAGCUGAGUUUGUGAGGUUUGUUCCGUUGAUUUGGGGAGGGGGGUGGAGUUUCCGUGAGAAUAGGCGUGUCUGACAUUUUUUGUAUAUACAGAAAAAAGUGUACAUAUGUGUGAUCCAAAUUGUACAAGAAAGUAUCUAUUUUUGGCUAAAUAAAUGAGCUGUUACCACUUUGACUAUA